UUGUGGCACUGACGCGACUGCUUGGCCGGCCGAGUGAGACAGACAGAGGAGUGCAGACUACCAAAACUACUCUGCUGGAAGCCGUCAAUCAUCGCUUCACCGGUGUGCAUUGUGAGGCACUUUAUUCUGUUGCAACCAUGCUUGAUGCCCGCUACAAAGACCGGUACUUUGACAAGGAAAAAAAGAGGAGUGCUCGCGACCUGUUGCUCAAAGUUUUGGAUGACAUGAGCGGCAGUGCAGAUUCCAGCACAGACGAUCCCCCAGAGAAGAGGACCCGAACAGGAUCACUGCUGGAUAUGUAUGACGAAAUUCUGGAGGAGAAUGUCAUGUUUGAGGAGCAAGACAAGACCGCGUCAGCGUCACAGGUCAUUUCGUACCUGGCCGAACCCACAAUUCCCAGGAACCACAGUCCACUGGAGUACUGGAAAUGCAACCAGGCCCGUUUCCCUGCCCUCGUUCCUGCUGCACGCAAGUACCUGUGUGCGCCCUGCACAAGCGUUGACAGUGAACGGCUUUUUAGCGUUGCCUCUGAUGUGAUAGAUGAAAAGAGAAAUCGAAUGGACGGUGAAAAAGCAGAGAUGCUAAUUUUUGUGAAGAAAAACCUACCUCUGGUAUUAAAAAAAUAGCUGAACAGAAGCCUACCGGUCAGCCGAAGUUAUCACCCUAGUUAGUUGGACUGAAAAGGUUUGCAGUGCACGACUCAAGUUCAAGCAAAGGAUAAGAUCGAUGUCCUUGUAUUUUUAUUUAAUUUUUUGCAAUAUAGAGAGCACAUUGUUUGUCACUGAGUUGUUACAGGAUUGUCUGUGGCUCACAAGAUAAUAUGUGGAGUUUUUUUUUUUGUUUGUUUGAUUAUACUUUAAAGUGGGUCCUCAGGACUGAAGUGGAGGUCUGGACUACAGCUGCUUGUUUUGUGCACUUGAAGUGUUUUCUGUAAGUUUCAGUACAAUGGCAUGUUAACCACUAUGUUGGGGGAGCAUUUGGUAGACCUGUUCCAGUAGGAAAAGAUGUAAAAAAAAUAUUUGCACUGCAAAUAAAAUGUGGCACUGUCAUAUCAUUUAUUCUCCAAGUGAAAUAAUUUACCUGUUUUUCAGGGGUGAAUGUCUGUCUACAUUUGUAAAAUGAUACAUUUAUGGUAGAAUCAAUACAGGAGAGAGACUUGGAUUUCUCUUCAGUAAAAUUAAAUUGUAAAUAUAUCAGGCGAAAAAUGUGUAUAUAUAUCGGUAUCGGUAUCGGACAAAAUUAGUUUGAAAAUAUCGGCAUAUCGAAUAUCGGCCAAAAUCCAAUAUCGUGCAUCCCUAAUUAAAACCCAUUUACUGUAUUUAUCAAAGGGUGUUUGAUUGGUGGUUUAUUUCUUUCUUGAGUAGUAUCAUCCGCAUAAAGAGCUAUUUGAUGUUCACGAUCUUCAAUUUUAAUGCCCUUUAUGAUAGAACUACUUCUAAUUGCAACUGCUAAGGGCUCUAAUGCCAAAAUGAACAGCAUUGGUGACAAAGGGCAUCCUUGUCGUGUGCCUCUAUAUAUAUUAAAAGGUUUUAAUAUUAUUCUAUUGGUCCUCACUUCAGCUAUUGGUUUAAAAUAUAAAAUAUUAACCCAACGUAGGAAUGAGUCUCCAAAACGAGACAAAACAUCCUUCAUAUAAUGCCACUCCACCUUAUCAAAUACUUUUUCUGCAUUGAGUGAUAUGAUACAUGUGUCUGUAGGCCUGUCACGAUAACAACAUUUUGUUGUGCGACAUAUUGCCCCAGAUAUAAUUGCGAUAAGCGAUAUUAUUGUCAUUUUAAAGACCAUUUUAUGCCACUGAACAUAUAAUCAAUGUAACAGCAUAAUAAUGAAAGAAGGCCUACACACUUCCAAAUGACAACAAACUUUUCAUUUUUAAGAAUAUUUAGAUCAUGGAAAUGAAGG